AUGGUUUGUGCUAAUUCUAAAAUCUGUGUACCAGAAAGUAAUGAAAAUAAUGACCUUCAAAUUUCUGAAUCUGACGAAGAUGAUAGUGAUGAUAUUAAAUUCAAAGAAAUUGAAAUGCAAAAUAGAAUAGAAGAAUAUAUUAAAAAAUUAUAUACAUUAGGAUUGCCAGAAUCAACUAUUAAUACUAUUGUCAGAGCUAAUACAGAUUUAAUUUAUCCUUUGCUUAAUGAUUUAACAGCAUGUUCGAAUUUGGAUAAACAACUUUGUUUAAUAAAUCAGUUUAAAUAUCCUUUAGAAAAUCAGUUGUCAAAAUAUUUACGCGAUAAAAAAAUUUACGAAUUGGUCGUUCAACCCUUAAGAAAAUCACAUGGUUUACGUUUGGAUAGUAAAUAUGAUGGAGAAAAACAGCAUUACAAACAAGUAAUAACUCCAUGUACUUUUUCAUACGUUCCUUUAUUGGAAACUUUAAAAUUUAUAUUUAAAUUUUCCGCUGCUACUAAGUAUUUAAUUCAUCCAUUAAAAUCAAAUAAUAAAGAUUACACUCAUUUUAUUGAUGGUGAAGUUUAUAAAAACCAUCCAUUUUUUAAAGAAAACGAAAAUGCAAUACAAUUACAGAUCUAUUUUGACGAAUUUGAGGUCUGUAAUCCUCUGGGCAGUAGAUCUGGAAUUCAUAAAAUUGGAGCGUUUUACUUCACUAUUCUAAAUUUCCCAUCAUAUGUUAACUCAAAUUUGAACAAUAUACAUUUACUGGCGUUAUGUUACAAUCUUGACAUUAAAGAAUUUGGUAUUAAUUCAAUUCUUGAUGUUAUUAUGAAUGACAUUAAGAUUUUAGAAACAAAAGGCAUAUUUAUCGAGUCUUUAAACUCUGUAGUGAAAGGUACACUUGUAUCUCUAUCGUUCGAUAAUUUAGGUGGUGCAAUGCUACUUGGAAUGAACGAGUCUUUUUCAUCUACUAACUACUGUAGAAUUUGUUUGCUGCCGAAAACUGAAGCUCAAUGCACGUAUGAUGUGGAAAACUAUAAAUUGCGUACUUCCGAAAGUUUCAAAUAUUUAGCAAGAAGACUUCAUUGUGCUAAUAGUGGAACAUUGAACUUUUUUGGCAUUAAAAAUUUCAGUCCUUUCUGCGGAUUAAAAAACUUUAAAAUAUGUGAAAACUACAGUAUUGACGUAAUGCAUGAUUUUCUUGAGGGUAUUGGUCAAAGAGAUGUUAAAUUAUUUUUAAGUUAUUGUAUCGAAUCAAAAUUAACAAGCCUAGAAGACAUUAAUAAUAGGAUUCAUGCGUUUGAUUACGGCUUAGAAAACCGACCGAACAAACCAAGUUCUAUUAAGCUUAAUAAAUCAUCAAAUGGCAUCGGACAACACGCAGCUCAAACUCUUUAUCUCAUUAAGGAGCAUCAUAAAAUUUUAAUUGAAGAGUACUCUGUCAACUUAACACCAAAAGAUCAUUUAGCUCUACAUUAUCCUCUCAUUAUCUCAAAAACGGGUCCUCCCAAAAUACAGUGGACAAUGAGAUAUGAAAGUAAAAAUGGUUUUUUCACAAGUUUAGCUGAAAAAUUGAAAAAUUUUAAAGACAUAGCCCAGACUUUAUCAAAUCGACACCAAAAAACUCUAUUGUCAUACUGA